CCCAUAUUAGACAUUCUCUGAUAGCACAUAAACAAGCCAGAAGAUUUGCUGUAACCAUAGCCACGAUCCACCUCAAAAUUGCAUGGUAGUCAGCAGAAUUCAAUAACACUCUGCAUUUUGGCUUGAGCACAGAUGAUAUUAUGACUUGCUCACCAUACUGGAGACAGUAAAGGCAUCAAGGCUAGUGCUGAUUAGAGGCAGUAAGAUUUCACUCCUGUUCAGAUGGAAGCUUUCAGCACAAUUCUCAGGGCCCUUGUUUUAGUCAUUGCUGUGUUGGCGGCCAGUUCUGAGCAACAAUACGGAUCAGAUGUUAAAGAGGCAGCAAACUUUGCUGUUGGGUUCCAUAACCGCAUGAGUAACUGCACAUAUGCCUACAAGGUCAUCGCCAUCCUGUUAAACACAUCUCAGAUUUACCCUCCGGCUCGUGUAAAGUACACCAUGACUGUACAAGUAGGACAGACCGUUUGCAAGAACGAGCCCACUGUAAAUCUGGCUGACUGUAGCUUACAGAAUGCUGAGGAUUCCAAGACUAUGACCUGCCACUUUGUUGUGAUGGCUGUCCCACAUUCUGAUGUUCCGAGCUAUCUACUGGAGGAUCAAUGUCACUGAUACUGUACAAGAUUUCAAAAUAAUGUAAUUUCACUGAACCUGUUGCAGACUGAUUUAUUGAACACAUCUCAAUAGUGAGAUAAAAAUAUUAAUUAAUCAUAUAUUAAUUAUGUCAGCCUUGUUGUGAACUGUGGACUAGCAUACUGGAAGAGGAAUUAACAAAAAUUGAGUUAAUUAAGUGAUUGAAUAAUUCUUUGAGCAACUCAUCCUUUCUUGGAAGUUAUAAUGUUCCUGCCACACUGUUCUAGUCAUGUCCCUUAAUAAAUGAUUCCGAUUGAA